UGUGGGAGUCGAGGAAUUGAACUGGCAACGUUGUGGUUGAUAGCCCACUGGCCCAUGUGGGAAUCGAACCAGCAGCCUUCCGAGUUAGGAGCAUGGAGCCCCAACCGCCUGAGCCACCGGACCAGCCCUAUAAACCUAUUUUUAAGCAGGGGUGAUAGGAUUUGGGGAUAAGAGUGAGGUGUGGCCGCAUCACUUGCAUUUCUAGUCAUGAACAGCAAGGCAGAGGCGGGGCUCUUGUGAUGCAGCAUGACAGGGAGGAACUGCUUAUGUAACUGGGACAGCAGAUGUAGCGGGAGCCGAGGCAGAGGCUGGAGAUGGGAACAGUGCGCUGUCGGCAGGGGCAACAUCGCCAGGUGGCCGUUCCUCAUAAGCAGGGUGGCAACAUCCAGGGCCCCAGGGUCCAAGGCUGGAAGAGCCUCUGGUCCGGUGUGGGGACCACCAGGUCAGGUCUGGAAGACCUGUGGAGACCGCGGGAGCCUCAGUGCCUGCACCAGCAGCUCCUGGAGCCAGCCCCGCUGCUGGUAGAGAAGCCUCUGUCUGAGUGGCCAGUGCCUCAGUGCAUCAACCUCUUUCUGCCCGAGUUUCCCAUUAGACCCCUUAGGGAGCAUCAGCAGCUGAAGAUUUUAGGCCUUGUGGCUAAAGGCUCCUUUGGAACUGUCUUCAAGGUGCUAGAUUGUGGCCGGAAAGCAGUAUUUGCAGUGAAGGUGGUGCCCAAGGUCAGGGUCCUCCAGAGGGACGUCCUGAGGCAGUGCAAAGAGGAGGUUAGCAUCCAGCGACAGAUCAACCAUCCUUUUGUACACGGUUUGGGGGACAGCUGGCAGGGAAAACGGCACCUCUUCAUUAUGUGUAGCUACUGCAGCACAGAUCUGUACUCUCUGUGGUCCACUGUUGGCUGCUUUGCUGAGGCUUCCAUCCGUCUCUUUGCUGCUGAGCUGGUCCUGGUGCUGUGCUAUCUCCAUGACUUGGGCAUCAUCCAUCGAGAUGUGAAGAUGGAGAAUAUCCUUCUGGAUGAACGAGGACAUCUAAAACUGACAGACUUUGGUCUGUCCCGCCACCUGCCCCAGGGAGCUCGAGCCUAUACUAUCUGUGGCACUCUUCAAUACAUGGCCCCAGAGGUCCUGAGUGGCGGGCCUUACAACCAUGCUGCUGAUUGGUGGUCUCUGGGUGUCUUGCUUUUCUCUCUGGCAACUGGACAGUUCCCAGUGGCUGCAGAGAGAGAUCAUGUGGCCAUGUUGGCAAGUGUGACCCACUGUGACCCUGAGAUCCCAGCUUACCUUAACCAGGGGCUCUCACUUCUGCUCCAUGAGGUAAGGCUUCUCUGUUCAGCUCCUUUCCUAUACCAGUCCCUCAGGCUUCAUGCUCUAUUUCUCUUCAGCUCUUAUGCCAGAAUCCCCUCCAGCGGCUACGCCAUUUGCAUCACUUCCAGGUCCACCCUUUCUUUCGGGGUGUGGCCUUUGACCCAGAGCUCCUACGGAAGCAGCCAAUGAACUUUGUCCCGGAGACACAAACUAGCCAGCUGUGCCCAUUGGAGUCCAUGCUCUUCAAGGACUUUGACUGUCACCUGGAGUCCUACCUGGUCCACGCCCCUAGCCUUGCUUGAGCCCCGCUACUGUAGAUUGGGGCCCACCUGGGAACUUGAGGAUCUCCUCCACUGCCAACUCAGUGUGACCACCUCGAUGAGCCAGUUUGUUUUCACUCUGUAGCCUCUUACCAUUCUGUUCUUCUAGGCAUUGGACCAGAGUUCACGUCUUGGGCAUUCCACUACUGGCAGCCACAGCUGGCCCUAGCCCUUCCCCUGUCAUACAACCCACCUCAAACCUCUCAGAUCAGAGCGUUGAUCUUUUCCUCGGCUUCAUUUCUCCAGUGCUCAUACCCUGAAGCUUUGAGCCAGAGGCUUAUUCCACUUUUCCCUCUCCUUGUUUCUCUACCAUGUUUCCUUUCUUGAGCAGUGACACUUCAUGGUUUCCCAAGAUGCUAUUUAUGUGUUUAACAGGCUUGUCAGAAGCAGUAUGAAUAUUUUUCAGAGGUCUCAAAAGCUGACAUUUCAACCCCUAAACAUGCAGCUAAAACAUAUGAUUCUGAGGGCUCAAAGAUAAAUUUAGUCUGUGAUAAAUUUAAUUUUUAAAAAUUUGAAAAGUGAAUCUAAUAGCUUAAUGUGAGGAAGAGAAUAGGAACUGAAACACGGGUGGGUUAAAUGUCUUCUCUAGGGGUAACUGGAAUAGCUAUCCAAAUAUUUUCCAAAAUAAAACCUUUGAAAAACAUAAGGAUUCUUAAAUUGAUCAUUGCUCUAGACAGCCCAGGAAUUAGUUUCUAAUGGGCAAACCAAGGAAUUAAGAGACAUGAUAUCAACCUUAAGAUUUAAGAACCUUUUUCCUUUAGUAAGGAAAAUCACCUGGACCUAAAAUUUGUAUACAUCUCUGGGCUUUAUGACUUCAUUUUUCUAACUUCUCAAAAUCUUCAUUUUUGCUAGUCUUCAGUUAUAUUUGAUGUCUUUCCAGAGAGUCUGGAAAGUACUCUGUGUACUUCUAUUAAUUCUGUCCCUGGAUUAAGCCAGAUUUUCCCUUGUACAUAGCUAGCAUUUUAGUGGUCUCUGUAGAAUUACCUUGUCUGGAUUGCACUUUUGGCAAUCCGUAUCAAAUCUCUAUGAAACUUAAUUGUUGUGGAUACUGUAAAGGGUAAUGAUUAUAAUUCAUAAUGUUCUAUUUAAAAAUACAUAGGAGAAUUUUUCUCUGAAUCCAGUUAUGCUUUUCCUGAAUUGCUGUUUGGAUUUUACCUUAAAGACACUGACUAUUCAACUGACUAUUUUUCUCUUCAUAUUGAUGCUAGACUACUUAGAGCCAGUUUAUGGCCCACCUCCAGCAACUGUUUAGAACUUCAUGUUAUAUAUUUUGUAUGAUAGCUACAUUCUUGGUUUCAUCUUCCUUUUCUACUUUAUUUUCCUAAUUCUCAUUUUCCUAUGUUUUAAUCUUUAUCUUACUA